UGCCUUGCAAUAUUCAGCAAAGGCGGAAGCCUCGCGUGAAAAUUGCUUCGGAAAUAACAUACCGUGCAGGAUGUGGUGAUUGUGUUUUCUAUCAAAUACUACCGCUCUCUCGGGCGUUGCUGGCCAGUUUUAAAGCAUGAAUUUUGAAAGUCAGCAUCUACGAUUCUCAGUAGAUUUAUUCUCCAAAGCUGGACAUGAAGCAAUCGUGGCUCACAUCGAAGGCGAGCUAAAACAUCUGGAACAUGCCAGAGAGUAUCUUGUCAAAAGGGCGAAAGUGGAACUUGAUUAUGCUUCAGCGCUUGGAAGAAUAAACACCGCUGCUUGUAAGGUUAUCAACGACAAUGACAAAGAGAGCCCGAUUAGAAAGGCAUGGUGUACAUAUAUCUUUGAAAGUGAAAGCAAGGCAAAACUGAUUACAGAAUUCAGCAACCUCUUGAAUUCUACUACAGUAAAAAGACUUGACCAGCUCAUAGAGGACAAAAGAAACUUAUUAAAAAAGUACAAGAAUGAGAAAUUUAGAACGGAGAGCAGCUACAAACAAGAAUGUGAUGAAAUUGACAGACUAAGGAAAACAUACCAAGAAAAUGCCAAAGACUCUGAGACAGGGAAAAGAAAAUAUGAAGAAGUUCUUUCGAAGGACAAAUUUAACAAUAAGGACUGGGAACGAUCUAAAGAUCGAUAUGUGAGAUCGACUCUCAAACUACAUCAGAAUCAUAAUGAUUAUGUACUGGCUCUGAAAUCAGGAAACUGUCAUCAAGGAUUUUACAAUGAUAUUCUUGUUCCAACAAUGUUGAAUUCUUUGCAAUACUUACAAGAGGAAUACAUUUCCCAAUGGAAGGAUCUUCUCCAGGAUGCAGUAAAUCUUACAAACUGUUGCCGUGAGGAGUAUUUGACAUCAAGCCAAGCAGUACAAGCUAGUGUUGAUGAAGUAAAAAAGGAUAAAGAAUAUGCCUCCUUUAUCACCAGGCACAAGCAAAACCAGGCACCAGCUUACCCAUUUGUGUUCGAUUCAGCUCUCAUUGAACUGACAUCUUCAGGAGUUAUUGCUAAUGAACUGCUUGUCAAUGAUUUGACAUUAGAAAAACUUCAACACAAGAGAGCACUGCUCAGUAAUGAACUUGAAAAUGUGGAACAACAACUGGAGGCUAAAAAAGCAGAACUGGAACAGGAAACCAACAAGCUCCAGGCUGAAAAGACUGGGGGCAGCAAUGAACACUUAAGCAUCAUUCAAAAAGAGCAGACUGUCGCAGUUCUCAGUUGGCAUGUGGAUGACCUGAAGUGCAGUCAAACAAAACUGCAGAAAAUGUGUACCAUGAUCGGAUCUGCUCUGGACAAACUUGGUAAUUCUCAACCUUCAAAGUUUGCAGACCUUUCUGCUCCAGGAUCACCAUCAGGGGAAUUUGGUCAGUCAACACCUGAGAUCAGAAAAAGCAAUCGAAAAAUACCAACACUUUUUAAGAAAAGAAAGACGGAGAGAGAGAAUUCUUCAAGCAACUGUGAUUCCAAACCUCGACGAUACGUGGCGUCAUCCAAUGAAGAGAGAGUGAAUGGAACUUCAAAUAUUGAAGACUCCGAAGAUAGUGAGGAUGAAGUCGCAGGAGAAUACCUCGAGCCGAAUGAUGAGAUUGCCCUUGAGGAAGAGCCGUGGUUUCAUGGCACGAUUGAUCGUAAAGAGAUAGCUACCCUACUGAAGAAAGACGGAGAUUAUCUAGUGAGAGAAAGCUCAUCAAAACCCGGACAGUUUGUUCUGUCAACUCGGAGCACCGUGGACGGCAGCCAGAAGCAUUUUAUCAUUCAAUCAGAGGAUGGCUUAGUACGGUUUGAAGACCAGGGCUUUCCCAGUAUACGAGAACUGCUCGAUUACCACGUAAAAAACAAAGUUCAUGUGACAAAGAAGUCAAAGACCGUCUUGGUAAACGCCGUGGAAAAACCUGGAAAAGACAAAUGGGAAAUGUGCAGAGACGACAUUGUCCUACAGGAGAAGAAACUUGGUUCAGGUCAUUUUGGAGAUGUGAUGAAAGGAAUUCUAAAACCUUCUAACACUCCUGUCGCUGUUAAAUCCUGCAAGGGAAAUGUUACGCAAACGGUGAAGCAGAAGUUUCUGUCGGAAGCAGAGAUCUUGAAGCAGUAUGAUCAUCCUAAUAUAGUCAGACUGAUAGGAGUGUGUGCUGACCGAGAGCCUGUUUAUAUAGUCAUGGAAUUCAUGGUCGGUGGAGACUUCCUGUCUUAUCUUCGUAAAAAUGGCGCUAAGCUGGACUCAAAGAAACUAGCAAAGUUUAGUGUCGAUGCAGCAGCUGGUAUGGAGUAUCUGGAGAGCAAAAGUUGCAUUCAUCGAGAUUUAGCAGCACGAAACUGCUUGAUUGGUACAAAAGAUAUACUCAAGAUCUCGGAUUUUGGAAUGUCUCGUGAAGUCGAAGAAGUUUACGAAGCUUCAAAUAUGAAAGAGAUCCCUGUAAAGUGGACUGCGCCCGAGGCUCUGUACUAUUUCCAGUACACCACUCUGAGUGACAUAUGGAGCUUUGGAGUGUUGCUUUGGGAGACAUUCUCUUAUGGUAACACGCCCUAUCCUGGCAUGAAUAACAAGGAAACCCGUGAAAAGGUUGAGAAUGGCUAUCGCAUGCCUGCACCGGCGGACACACCUCCGGCAGUGUAUCAAAUCAUGAAAGAUUGUUGGAAUAUUAACCCAGAUGCAAGGCCACGCUUUUCUGAAAUUCUAAGAAGAUUGAAGCAAAUCCAGGAAGUUCUCUAAAAGUGUGAUUUUGUACCCUCUUUAUGUUCGCCUCAAUGUUGGAAUUAUUAGCAUUUUUAGUUAUUAUGAAAAUAUGGUCAUAGUCAACCCAAGCUACAUUUAACAGGUUACAAUAUCGCGAAGAAUUAUUUUUGAGAAAUGAAAUUGUCAGAUGCCAAUACAAAAUACUUUUUUGAAGCAUAGCAAAAUGUCCUCAUUGUACAUUUGGCAUGUGUAGUUAUUAUAAAUUUUAGUCUUCAUACAUUAGUAACUUUUGAGUGGCUCACAAGAUGAACUUGUUAGGCCUCGUCAAAUUCCUUGCGUUAAUUAUAUAAUAUAAAUAGAAAAUAACUAACAUAUUAUGUUUCUAUCUUUAAAUAAGAUCAUGUAAACACACGAUGACUUUUAAAGAGCUGAAAAGUCUGUCUAAACCCUCUAAUGCAGCUCAUUUCAGGAGAGUGUUAGAACCGAAUUUAAAACAGGUUUUAAAUGCGUUUUAAACGCGUUCAGACUGUUUGUUUACCAGUGGUCGCGAAUGUGAGUAUUUUGUAUGAUAAUUUAACUGCAAAUUUCGAUAUGUACGGCUAUUAAGAUCAACCAGUAUAGAGGGUUAUAUCGUUUUCAGUAUUUAUUUGGUUUAAGUCCUUGUUCGGUUGUUUUUAAACAUUCAGUGUAAAAUAACUUGUUUUUAAUGUGUCCGCUCGAAAUAUGUCAACUUUAUUCGUAGUCUUGUUAAGACAGCGUCCACACCACGCCGGAAGAAUUUGAAAACGCAGUUUUGUUUCUACGGGCAGGCUUACGGUCCACACUCAAUCCGCCACGAAAACGGAGCUUUUCGAAAACGCUCUUCAAACCGGAGAAAUUUGAAAACGCCGGGUUUUCGUUUUCG